GAACAAAUUGAAUGAAUUGAAUGAAGUUAGUUACACUACUACCUACGAUUUAUGAACUAUGAAAAACAGUAGUAGCUUCGUAGGGUUUUGAGUGCUGACAUGACAGUUUUGGUUACUUAUGCCUAGGGCACGCUAGCACAAAUCGUCCACUGCGUUUUAUAAAUUUCACGCUGUUGAACAUACCCCGGCACAUUUGUCAACCAGUUGAUCUCUGGCCAAAACAAACUCAGAGGGAAAGAUAUUUGGCUUACGCCUCUGACUUUCAGACCAAAUUUUCCAAAUGCCGAGGCGAUUAAACAAGAGGUGUGAAGAGAAACUGUUUAUUAGGCAGCUUGCAGCAGAGGCUGGGCUUGUAGUUUAGCGCUAGUUAGCUGCUAGCUAGAAUGCUAACGGUGCCGUAGCUAACGGAAGCUAUCGUUAGCUCACGGUAAUGUAAUGCCAGACGCCCCAACAGCAGCCACUGGGAGUAGAGGCUGUUGCUACCGUUGCCUUAACUAUCAGCCCAGCAGUUUCAAACGGGCUCACCACCUAGUCAGGUAGCUAUUUAGGCUUAACCGAGACACUGAUAACUAAUUUUCCACGUUGCCUUUUUGCUGCCUGGAACAACAACAAGUAUGGGGAUGUGCUUACCUUGCCUUGGCGGAGCAGCGGACGACGUCGUUAUCACUCCAGAUCCUGAGACGAGGAGACAACAAUUAGCUGAGGCCGCUGAGAAGAGACAAAAAGAGACAGCAUACAGGGGUGUUAAAAAUCCAGAAGCUGUCGAGAGGAAAAGGAAAAAACAGGAAGAGACUGAGAAAGAGGCGAUGAACACCUCUGUGUCUGGUGGCGGCGGGUUGAAGUGGCAGGUGGGAUGAAAACCCUGAUGGUAAAACCUGAAGUCUUGACUCUGAAGUCCAAAACAACAUGAAGUAUUGCUGCAAGAUGACUUGAAAGAUGUCUGAACUGCUGUCCAUUUUUCAACAUUUUUUUUUUUUUUUGGUACCUAUUUUAUGAUGUAAUGAGUUUAACAGCCACAGUUGUGAAGCUUCAUGCAAAACAAUCUGAAGUGAUUUCAGACAGAACGGCAGGACUAGCCCCCUUGUUGCCAAGUUACACAAGCCAGUUUGGACCUUUGGACAAGUCAAGGAUGAUACACAGUAAUGUGCAAGCAAAUACAAUUACUAUUGUAUGAGUUUUACGUGACAGUUUAUUAGACAGAGUCUUACAGUUACUUGCAUUAUCACUAAAGAAUAUAAUUAUUAAGUCAAGUUGUAUCUCUGGAGACUGUUGUCAUAUUAAGAUGAGCUGUCCUCUGCACACCUAUAACAUAAGCUUCAUCACUGCACUUUUCUUGUUGAUUUACUUAGUCGAGGAUCAAUAUUCACUGUAUAUCCGUUAAUGGCCACAUUACUUUUUUAUGACUUCUCCAAAAAUCCAUUAUGCAAAUGACACAUUUCACAAGUUGAACACAGUUUAUGUUUACAAAGAAAUGUAAGUGUGCAUAUUGUAGUAUUAGUGUACAGUAACAAUCAUCCAGUUAUCUCUCAUUUCACCAUGUUCAGGGCUCCAUUUAUUGGCAACACAAAGGCUAGUGCGAACAGUGCUGUAACUUGUUGGUAUUUAAUGAACUUGUAAUUCGCUUUGCCUGUCUCUGGGGUAUUUUUGUGACUGCUGCAGUGCGCAUCUCACAUAGGAUUUCCUCACUGAUGAGGAAGGCAAUGCAUGGCGUUGGUGUUUUGGUGAAAAAUCAGUCUUUGACAUUGUGCUGAGAAUAUGUAAAUGUUUGACAACCAAGUUUAUACUCGGCGCAAAGUUGUUUAGUCGCUAAUUUGGUGAUUCCAGCAGGAAGCGCAAACUACAUAGCUGACAACGUGUAGCAACUUCUGAAUAUACCUAAAUAACAUAAAACAUCACACAUUCUCAUUAGUGAUUACACCUUUAAUGAUCUUGUGCACAUGACCUAUUGCACUUUGCACUGGCCUUUGCUAUUGUUCCUUUAAUAGAGCCAUUUUUGGUUCUUCUCUGCACAAUUUCAGUUUGUUGUAUUGAAUCAUAAUGUAUGCAAAACACUGAUGUGUUGCCUGCUUAAAUUAAAUGAGAUAUGAAAUGUGUUUA